CUUUAAGAAGACGCGGUAUUAGUAGUGCUUCUUCGCCGUUUUGUUUUUCAAAUGGAAAUUUCUUUAACACUGUAUUUAAGAGGAGAACUAUCUUACAGAUUUCUCAACAUCUCCGGUGAUCAUAUAAGUUUUCCGGAGGGGAGAAAAUAGAGAGGGGGGAAGGAAAAAUUGUCUGUGUGAGUUUUUUUUUUUUUUUGAAAAGACAAAAAGACGAAAUAUAAUAGUCUUAUUCUCCCUCCAUUCCACUGAAUACUGAAAAAAAAGACACAGAAUUGAGUUGACGAUAGUGUUGGGGUAAAUAAAGCGCGAUUUUAUGUAUUCCCGGUUGGAGUAUCGUGACGCAAUCAACGAAUAUGACCGUUGGGUUGGAAGUAGUUUGAACAAAUUGAAUGUAUUCAGUUGGGAGUUGGAUAUUGUGGCAGUUGUAUAGUGUUUUUGGAUGUUAAGAGUGGUCUCUGGACUGAAAGAAUAGGAGACAGAACAGAAAAAAAUUGAGAGUGUGCUAACUGGGCAAAUAUUAGCCUGGAUAUUCUUAACUAAUUCCACCUCUUUUAGUGCUUUCUUGUGGAUUUUACUGUGUGACUCAGUUAAUUUUUUUGUCUUCUAUCUUCUGAGGACAAGAAAUCAAAGUUCUAAGGAUUAGAAAGUCUUCUUGCUUAAGAAGAACCCAUAUUAUUAGCUUUUCGUGUGUAAGAUAGUGCUUCAAGAACAAUUAAAAUGGUAGCCGGAGGAAAAAUGGUAAAUGUACGUGUUACCACGAUGGAUGCCGAGUUGGAGUUUGCAAUUCAGCAAACUACCACCGGCAAACAAUUGUUCGAUCAAGUGGUCAAGACAAUUGGAUUACGUGAGGUUUGGUUCUUUGGACUUCAAUAUACAGACUCCAAGGGUGAUCUCACAUGGAUUAAACUCUACAAAAAGGUGAUGAAUCAAGAUGUGAAGAAGGAGAAUCCGCUACAGUUUAAAUUCCGGGCAAAAUUCUAUCCGGAAGAUGUUGCUGAGGAAUUGAUUCAGGACAUAACGCUGCGUCUGUUCUAUCUUCAAGUAAAAAAUUCAAUUCUCUGUGAUGAGAUAUACUGUCCGCCAGAAACAUCAGUUCUCCUGGCAUCAUAUGCCGUUCAGGCACGCCAUGGUGACUUCAAUAAAUCCAAUCAUUCAUCUGGCUUCCUGUCCAAUGAUCGUCUCUUGCCACAGCGUGUCAUUGAUCAGCACAAGAUGUCCAAGGAUGAAUGGGAGAAGAGUAUUAUGACGUGGUGGCAGGAACAUCGUGGUAUGCUCCGUGAGGAUGCCAUGAUGGAAUAUCUCAAGAUUGCCCAGGAUUUGGAGAUGUACGGUGUGAAUUAUUUUGAGAUUCGCAAUAAGAAGGGAACAGAAUUGUGGCUGGGAGUUGACGCCCUUGGACUCAAUAUCUACGAAAAGGAUGACAAAUUGACGCCCAAGAUUGGAUUUCCCUGGUCAGAAAUCCGAAAUAUCUCAUUCAAUGACAGGAAGUUCAUCAUUAAGCCAAUCGACAAGAAGGCGCCAGACUUUGUGUUCUUUGCGCCACGCGUGAGGAUCAACAAACGCAUCCUGGCUCUGUGUAUGGGCAACCAUGAGCUGUACAUGCGCCGUCGCAAGCCGGACACCAUCGAUGUGCAGCAGAUGAAGGCUCAGGCGCGCGAAGAGAAGAAUGCCAAGCAGCAGGAGCGUGAGAAACUGCAGAUGGCACUGGCGGCGCGCGAGAGGGCUGAGAAGAAGCAGCAGGAGUACGAAGAUCGCCUGCGCUCCAUGCAGGAAGAAAUGGAGAGAUCACAGUCGAGCCUGGUGGAGGCACAGAAUAUGAUUAGACGCCUGGAAGAGCAGCUGAAGCAACUGCAGGCGGCCAAGGAUGAGUUGGAGAAGCGUCAACAGGAGCUUCAGGCAAUGCUGACGCGCCUGGAAGAGGCCAAGAAUAUGGAAGCGGCUGAACGUACGAAGCUGGAAGAGGAGAUUUCGGCCAAGCAGCGCGAAGUGCAGCGAAUUCAGGAUGAAGUGGCAGCCAAGGAUUCCGAAACGAAGAGACUACAGGAAGAAGUUGAGGAGGCUCGUCGCAAGCAGGCGCUUUUGUUGCAGAGCGAAGCGGCGGCUGCACUGCUGGCGGCCAGUACAACUCCGCAGCAUCAUCACGUGGCCGAGGAUGAGCACGAUGAGGAGAUGCUCAAUGGCGAGGGCAAUGGAGAUGUUUCACGUGACCUGGACAUUGAUGAACACAUCAAGGAUCCAGUCGAAGACAGACGCACCCUGGCUGAACGCAAUGAACGCUUGCAUGAUCAGCUUAAGGCGCUGAAGAAGGAUUUGGCUCAGUCCCGCGAUGAGACGAAAGAGACGGUCAACGACAAAAUUCACCGCGAAAACGUUCGCCAGGGACGUGACAAGUACAAGACUCUGCGAGAGAUCCGCAAAGGAAACACGAAGCGUCGAGUGGAUCAAUUUGAAAAUAUGUAAAAAAAAGAAAAGCAGUAGAAGAGUCCAAGGUGAGUGUUUAGUAAGUGCACAGGAGCAAAAAAAAGGAUAAUAAGAAGAGAAAUAAUUAAUUAAAACAAAAAAAGAAGUUGGGGUUAAAGUUAGGCCGAAAAAAAAGAAAAUCCAUUCGAAAAGAUAAAAUAACGUCACUAUUAAUCCUUUCAACUAAUACUUUUUU